ACAACCCACAUCAGAGCAGAGCAAUCAAGUUUCAGCCUCAAUCUCUAACUCCUCUGUCUCUGUCUCUCUCUCUGUCUCUCUCAAUGGAUUCAAAAGUACAAAUGUUCUUCAUACCAAGUGUAAUGGGGAGAGGUCACAUUCUACCAGCAAUAGAUACAGCAAGGCUAUUUGCAGCUCAAGGAGCUGAAGUCACCAUAAUAAUAACACCAGCAUAUGCCCAGCUCUUCCAGAAAACCAUAGAGAGAGACCAGUCACUAGGCCUUGACAUCAACUUCCACAUCUUCAAAUUACCCACCUCUGACUUUGGCUUGCCCGAUGGAUGCGAGACUCUCCUCGCUGCCUCUGCCGGCAUUAUCGCUAAACUUUUCAUGGCCUUCGAGAAGCUCCAUGAACCCAUCGAGCAACUCCUCCGAGAACGCCGCCCCGAUUGCAUCGUCAGCGACAUGUACCAUCCCUGGACUGCCGACCUUGGUGCUCGCCUCGGCAUUUCCAGUCCCAGGUUCUUGUUCUAUGGUACAGGUUUGUUUUCUCUGUGUUGUGAAGAGAGCAUUCGACGGUAUGCACCACAUGACAAGGUAAAUUCUGAUGCAGAGACAUUUGCUUUGCCUGGUCUCCCCGAUGAUAACAUCAUAUUUACCAAGAGAAAAAUCCCAUACUGGUUUAAGGAGAAAGGAACUGGUUAUGGACAAUUCAUUGACGAGGUUCUAAAGUCUGAGCUAAAAAGCUAUGGGGUUAUAGUUAACAGCUUUUACGAGUUGGAACCAGCUUAUGCUGAGUAUUUCAAGAAUGAAAUGGGCAGAAAGUUAUGUCUCGUAGGACCGGUGUGUCUUUUCAACAAAGCAUUCGAAGAAAAGGCCGAGAGGGGUGCAGAGAACUCCAUUGAUGGAAAUACAAUUUUGAAAUGGCUCGACUCCAAACAAUCCAAGUCAGUGCUCUAUGUUAGUUUCGGGAGUCAGGCUAGUAUGGCUCCUGAACAGUUCCUCGAGGUUGCUCAUGGGCUCGAGACUUCUGGUUGUCCAUUCAUUUGGGUGGCCAGAGAUAUGUCAGAGUACGGCCAAGAAGAGAAAGAAAAGAAGGAAGGAGACAAAAAUCGAGGCAAAAAGCUUCCAGAGGGAUUUGAAGAGAGGAUGACUAAGUCCGGACAAGGGUUGAUGGUAAAAAGUUGGGCACCACAGUUGCUAAUCUUAGAACAUGCCAACAUUGGAGGGUACUUGACACACUGUGGAUGGAACUCGACGAUUGAGGGGAUAGGAGCGGGCGUUCCGAUGAUCACAUGGCCAUUGGUGGCAGAGCAAUUCUUUAAUGAAAGCAUCGUUGUGGAUGUGUUGAAGACCGGGAUUCGAGUGGGGAAUGAGGAAUGGCUGUCGUAUAUUUGGGAACCCAAGCUGACGGUGAGGAGGGAGAAAGUGGAGGCAGCGGUGAAGUGGUUGAUGGCUGGUAAUGGUGGUGAUGAAGUGGAGGAGAUGAGAAGGCGAGCAAAAGUGGUGAGCGAGAAGGCUAAGAAAGCUGUAGACCAUGGUGGCUCAUCUAACGCCGAUGCUAUUGCUUUGAUCAAUGAACUUAAAUCUCGUCGCCACCGUGUUCGUGCAAAUAAAUUAUGAUUAUGGUAUAAUGAUAUGUGGUAUAGAUUCAACUCUCUUAUUAUUUUGUAGUAUUAAUAAGUAAUAUGAAUCUCAACCACAUGAUUGUUUUUUUGUUUUUGUUUUGUUUUCUGGGGGAGCGGGUGGGGAGGAAAAAUUUGGCCAAAGUCGGAUUCUUGACUCUUGAGUCAUCAAUGACCGACGUACCUAUUUCAAGCUUCUUCUAAUAUAUGAUGUUUGUAUUAUUAUUAUUGAAUAAUGGGUUCAUUAUAAUAAAUUACUUGGAUUUUCCUGAAUAA